AUGUUGCUCGACAUGCAUUUCGCUGACUUGCACAAUGAAUAUUAUCUUUCCAAACUCAAAGUUCUCGACUUCUCCCAUGACUGUUGCGAACUCUCUAUAAUACCCGAUCUUCAUUUUUUCCUGAAAUCAGGUGACGAAUUAAUUGUCGUCAAGGCCACCAUGAGACGAGGUUUUAUCAAUUUAAAGCUUUACUCGUUCAAACAUAAAAAGAAGACACAGAGGUUUCGCAACGAGCGUUAUAUGUCUAAUUACCUUUUGCGGGGAAGCUACUUUAUGUCUGUGCAAGAUUCAUCGCUUUUGUUUGAUUUUAAAUUUGGGGACGGCCAAACGUCAUGGGUGCGCGAUAUGACCCACAGACAGUCCUUCCCCACCUUUCGAGGCAUCGACAUCUCCCCGCAUUUGUCAGGACAGGACUCCCAGAACACCAUAUUUUUUCAAUGGAGGACGCUCGAGAGCUUUUUAGAUUCUACGUCCGACCUUCUCCAACAGGGUUAUCUAGUGAAUCCGGUUCCAGAGAGAGGGGUUAUUAUAAAGAGAAGACGCCGAGAUACAAUGGUGGGAGCGAAAGAGGAGGAUAAGUGGAUCGGAAUGACCAGUAUGGAUAUCGUGCAAGACAAUUACAAGCCUAUUGCGACAAGGAUUAUUAGUUCUACGCGCGCAUAA